AUGCAGGCAAAAGUUUACUGUCUGAACAGGGAGUAUAGAGAGUUCUUUCUGGCGUUCUCGAGAGAGCAGGGUGUGAAGCUGGACAGUAGGAUGGAAAGAGAUGCAGAUAUAAUGCGUAAGAAACAAGAAGCAGCGGCGGCAAAGAAAGCAGCCCAGGAGGCUGCAGCCGCAGCCGAGAAGAACAAGAAAGUUCAAGUGUUCGAUCCACUAAAGUGA